AUGUAUGUGUGUAUGUGUGUAUGUAUUGUAUAUAGUAUAAAAGCAAACAACAGGACCAAGAUUCUCACUUUGCGACUCAAUGCAAAAUCAGAAGCAAAGCAAGAAGGAAAACACAUACCAUUACUGACCACCACCACUGAAACUAACAAACUAAACACAGCAAAAAAAAAAAAAAAAGAGCUAACCCACAGCUCGCCACUGCUUAACUGAACUGGUCGAUGACCAUCCGACCCCUUCGGUGACCCGUACUAUUACUGCUAUUCGUAGCCCAUUACCUCCAUACUUUUCUUUGGUGAGGUUUGUUAUUGUUUUUUUUUUUAGCACACGCAUAAAAAAGGGGGCUGGCCCUUUGAAUUUGAACGGUGAAAUUCUUUUACCCAGCUGCGGCUAACUGGUGACCAUCGCUCCCUACUUUGAUCACCCCCACCAGAUGGGCUGUAAUUAAAUCAUGGAGUUAACCUAUGCACACCUAGUGUCUGCCCUUCUCAUUGGGUUAACGAUCUCAGGUCCUGUAAAUCUCAACCUGUUCAAGGAUGACAAAACCUGUGCCAAGCGCUGUAUUGCUGAGAAAACGGUCGAUUAUGAAGUCGGUAAUGCGUAUCGCUACAUCUACUCAGCCACAUCCAAGACUCUAAUUGCUGGGGCCUCGGAGAGCAACGCCUUUGUCAAGAUCGAUACGGAUGUGGAGAUUGAAACCACAUCUCCCUGUGACUUUGUUAUGAGACUGAAGAACACCAAACUGUCAGAUUCUGAAGAAAAAUCGGCGAAGCGCAAUCUUCAAAUGAAGUUCAGUGACACUUUGGAAGAACACCCACUUCGGUUCUCAUUCCAAGGUGGAAGGAUUGAGGAUUUGUGUCCCAACCAUGACGAACCCACCUGGAGUUUGAACAUCAAGCGUGGAAUUCUAUCUUCGCUGCAAUCUGCAAUGGAGGGGUUUGUAAACAACCAAACAUUCACCGAGGUAAGUACCAGGUACUAUUUUUUUUUUUUUUUUGGAUGGGGGUAGGCAUGGCUGUGUGGU